CCAAAACACGCUCCCCGCCCGCCUAGCUCUACGCUGGACAACACGCCAGCCCCGCCUCCCACCGCGCCCUGCCUUUCAACUCCCCCUCCUCACCACCAUUACAUCCUCUCUCCCCAUCGGCCUCGGCGACAUCCCAUCCCCGCUUUCGCUCACUGUCCUCCGCCCCCUCCCACCCCCUCCCAUUCCCACGCGUCACCACCUCGUCUCUUUCCGUCUUCCGUCACCCGUGUCUUCCUUGCACAAACAGCCCCGCCUUUCGGUACUACACGCCCCCAAGCUCAAUAAUCCCCUCCUCGUGGGCUUGCUUGCUUGCUCGGCCUGAAUCACAAUGGGUGGUGUCUGCAGCACAUGCUGCGGCCAGCGCCGCAAGAACAACUAUGAGCCUCUCUUACUCGAAAACGAGCGCGAAGCCGUCGCAGACCUCCUUCAGUACCUUGAGAACCGCAGCACGACGAACUUCUUCACUGGGUCCCCACUCGCUGCCCUCACGACUCUUUCUUUCUCAGACAAUGUCGACUUGCAGCGCUCGGCCGCGCUCGCGUUCGCGGAGAUUACGGAGAAGGAUGUGCGCGAAGUUGGGCGCGACACCCUGGACCCUGUGCUCUACCUUCUCACCAGCCACGAUAGCGAGGUCCAGCGCGCCGCCAGCGCCGCUCUAGGCAAUCUCGCCGUCAAUGCUGAGAACAAGCUUCUCAUUGUGUCUCUUGGUGGUCUUGAGCCUUUGAUCCGUCAGAUGCUCAGCCCCAAUGUCGAGGUGCAGUGCAACGCCGUCGGCUGUGUGACCAACCUAGCUACUCAUGACGAGAACAAGACUCCUAUCGCCAAGUCGGGCGCCCUAGUCCCCCUGACGCGGUUGGCCAAGUCGAAGGACAUGCGUGUGCAGCGCAACGCCACUGGAGCUCUCCUCAACAUGACGCACUCUGAUGAGAACCGACAGCAGCUGGUCAACGCAGGUGCUAUUCCUGUCCUUGUCUCCCUCCUUAACAGCCCCGACACCGACGUGCAGUACUACUGCACUACCGCGCUCAGCAACAUCGCCGUUGAUGCCGCGAACCGUAAGAAGCUUGCCGCGACCGAGCCAAAGCUCGUCCAGAGCCUUGUCGCUCUCAUGGACAGCCAGAGCCUCAAGGUCCAGUGCCAAGCCGCCCUUGCGCUGAGGAACCUGGCCAGUGACGAGAAAUAUCAGGUCGACAUUGUGAAGGCGGACGGUCUCAAGCCUCUUCUGCGUCUUCUUCACUCGUCCUACCUCCCUCUUGUCCUCUCAGCCGCCGCCUGCGUUCGCAACGUGUCGAUCCACCCUGCCAAUGAGUCGCCCAUUAUUGAAGCUGGCUUCCUGCAGCCUCUUAUAGGCCUUCUCUCGUUUGAUGAAAACGAGGAAGUCCAGUGCCACGCAAUCUCAACACUCCGUAACCUUGCGGCCAGCAGCGAGAGCAACAAGGGCGCGAUCGUUGAGGCUGGAGCUGUUGACCGCAUCCAGGAGCUUGUUCUGCAGGUGCCGCUGGCUGUGCAGAGCGAGAUGACUGCAUGUGUGGCUGUGCUUGCUCUGAGCGACAACCUCAAGCCACAGCUACUGGAGAUGGGCAUCUGCGAGGUCCUCAUCCCGCUCACUAGCUCGCCGAGUGUUGAGGUGCAAGGGAACAGUGCAGCCGCUCUCGGCAACCUCUCCAGCAAGGCGGCAGAAGACUAUGCUCCAUUCAACGCAGUCUGGAACAAACCAGAUGGCGGCCUCCACGCGUACCUUGUCCGCUUCUUGAGCAGCGCAGACACCACAUUCCAGCACAUUGCGGUUUGGACCAUCGUCCAGUUGCUCGAGGCCAAGGACCCACAGCUCACCAGCAACAUCCGAAACUCGACGAUACUUGUCUCGUCGAUUCGGCAGCUCGCAGAGUCAGCACCGUCGCCAUCGCACGGUGGCCGCGGCGGCCACAUCUCGGACGACGACUACGACGAGGACGGCAUGUUCGAAGAUGGCGAGGGCGAGAUCUACGGUCUCGCCAAGCGUAUUCUGGAGCUCAUUGAUGAGAGCGAUGGGGCGGGUGGGAGGGACGGACAUUUUAGCGGAGAGGAGAGCGCUGGAGAGCACAGCGAGGACCACGCAGCGCUGCGAGCCAGUGUUCACCAGGCACUGCGUGGUCAGUAAUAGGGCGGCAGCAGUUCAGAUGUAGGUGUAUUGAUAUCCGCAUGACGACUGAGGCGCCAAUGUUCGCGUCGAUACCGAUGUUAUGUUAUUCUUUUAAGAUGUGGAGAUGUGGAUAAGAUUUUGGGAUCAGAUAUGGAUG